AUGGUGCAAGAAAAUGGCUCGGCUGACUCGAGGGUUCUGAGCUUCAAGAGGACUCUCAGAGUGGAGACCACCAAGGAUUGGAAGGGCCUCCGUGUCACGGUCAAGCUUGCGGUCCAGAACCGUCAGGCCAAGGUCUCUGUUGUCCCCUCCACUGCUGUCCUCGUUAUCAAGGCCCUUAAGGAGCCCGAGCGCGACUGUAAGAAGACGAAGGACCUCUCUAGGACCAUCAAGGAGAUCCUCGGUAUGUGCGUGUCCGACGAUUGUACAGUCGACAGGAAAGACCCCAAGGACUUGCAGCAGGAGAUCACCGAUGGUGAUGUUGAAAUCCCUUUGGACUACGUUCCCCAUUGA